AAAAACUCCAACCACAAGCGGCUCCACACCUUGGUCACUGAGCACUGCUUCCCGGACAUGGUCUGGGACCUCAGGUACAAGACUGUCCGCUGGAGCUUCGUGGAGUCUUUGGAGCCAGCCCAAGUGGUUCAGGCUCGCUGCUCCAGCAUGGUGAGCCAGGGCAGCCUGUUUGGCCAGGUCACAGUGCGCAUGCACUCGAGGCAGACUCUGGCUAUCUACGAUCGGUUUGGCCGGUUGAUGUAUGGGCAGGAAGAUGUGCCCAAGGACGUCCUCGAGUAUGUGGUGUUUGAGAGACACCUGACAGAUCCCUAUGGGGGCUGGAGGAUGCAUGCCAAGAUCGUUCCCCCGUGGGCGCCCCCAAAGCAGCCCAUCCUUAAGACGGUGAUGAUUCCCGGCCCCCAGCCGCAGCCAGGGGAGAACCAAGAAGAGGCCCCUGGAGAGGCUCCCAGCCCUCACCUAGCUUGAUGGGAGGAUGAAAU